AUGCCAUUCCAAGCAUACGCAAGUCAACUCUUCGACAACUACGAUGAUAAUGACGAUUCGAGGUCCAACCAUUACGAUCAAAAUGCCUACGACAGUGAAGAGGACACAGACGACGCUAGUGAAACGGAAUUUAGGAAUAACAGCCGUAGCAGCAAUGCUACGAACACAACAAACGGAGGCAGCAAUCACGAACUAAAAGAGCAAGUGUAUCAGCACAAAUUAGCCAUAUUGAACAAACAACGCGAAGAACUGAAACAACUCGUACAUCCCGACUACGUGAAACGUUCCAAAAAGCUAGAAUAUCAGUAUAAAGAACGUCUGCGACUCAAUGAGAUCCACAGAGAAUAUUUAAAGGAGUGUGUAGAAAAAGACUAUCAAACCGAACGACGGGCCGCACAGAAGGAGUAUGAGGAAAAAAAG